AUGGAUCCUAACGGUGCACCUGAAAUGACAGAACACCAGAAAAUACAGGUACAAUUCCAGCUGUUUCAAGAAUCCCUGCCCAAAGUCGAUGAAACGGUUUAUCGCAUGCUUUUAAAUGAAAGCAUUCCUCUAGCUAUUGACGUAGAAAAACGACUAUCUCAAAAGCUGGAUAGUUUACCAACUGAAGACCCUGUGCUUGAGUCUCUCGAUAAAGAAGUUCACUCUAAACUGGUGCUAAAUCCUCUCAAAGGAAAUGUUCGCUCAAACAAGCUGUUACAACAUUACCUCACUGCAGAUAUAGACUACCAAGCGAAGGUGAAGCUGCGCCUCUCGAAGAUUGGUUUUUCUCUUGGUGAAAAGCUGUCUGAACUGCUGAUCUUCAGUAAUAAUCCUAAUUUCAAUUUCAAAGAUAUGGAUCUUCUCACCGUUAUGAAGUUUUUGUGCCGAGACGUCUGGCGGCAGCUCUUCGGUAAACAAAUUGACAAUUUAAAGACGAACCACCGUGGAACGUUUUAUUUACUGGAUUACAAUUACAAACCCGUGGAGUCCUUCGCCCUUGAAGAGAAUAUGUCAAAACAGGAACAGACGUUGCUAGAGCCCUAUCUGGAGAUACCGUGUGGGGUAAUUCAAGGUGUACUGGCUUCGCUUGGCUUUCGAAAAGAGAGUGAGGUUAGUUGUAACGCGAGUAUCGUGGAAGUCCCGGAAUCUCGCACUACCAGUCAGCGUAUGAAUUCAUGGGCUGUUAGCUUCAACGUGCAGGUAGUACCUGCUAGUGACAGCUAA